AUGGAGGCGCACAAAGAGGAGGUAGCGCAAAUCGCAGCGCAAGUCCGAGCCUUCCAACGUUCCUCAACACCGUUUCGCAUCUACCAUGGCAGCACGCUCUCAACGCGAGAUUCUGUACGAAAACGAAACGAGAUCAUAGAUACGAGCAGGCUCAAUCAUGUUCUACAGUUUAACAAGCAAGAGAAGACCGUGUUGGUCGAGCCGAACGUUCCGAUGGACGCGUUGGUAGAUGCGACUUUGCGCGAGGGCCUGUUGCCGAAGGUCGUGAUGGAGUUGCCAAAUAUCACUGUAGGAGGUGGUUUUGCGGGAACGUCGGGCGAGUCGAGUUCGUUUCGGUAUGGCUUGUUUGACAGGUCUGUCCAGGGCAUUGAGGUGGUUCUGGGUAAUGGGGAGGUUGUGUGGGCGACUGGCGACCGCGAGAACCCGCACCGUGACCUGUUCUUUGCGUGCGCCGGAAGUUGCGGGUCGCUUGGUGUUGUCACUCUCCUGAAGAUGAAGCUCAUCGAUGCGAAGCCCUAUGUCGAGUUGGAGUAUAGAGCGAUUGGCAGCGUAAACGAAGCUGUCGAUGUGCUUCAAGAGGUCGAGCAUGAUCCUAGCGUCGAUUACAUUGACGGCAUCCUGUACUCGAUGGACAGCGGGGUGAUUAUGGUUGGUAGACUGCAAGCUGCGCCGAUACCAGGUCGUAUUCAAUGCUUCGACAAAGCCUCGGAUCCCUGGUUCUAUUUGCACGCUGAACAGAUUCUCAAGCACACGAAAGAUGGCGAGAAGCCCUACAAAGAAAGCAUACCAGUAAAGUCGUACUUCUUUCGGUACGAUCGAGGAGUCUUCUGGGGAGGCGCGAUCGCCUUCAAUUACUUCGUCACACCUUUCAAUGAUUUCACACGAAGGCUCCUAGAUCCUUACAUGUAUAGCAGGACCAUGAUACAUGCGUUGCAUCGUUCUGGUAUCUCCUCGCAAGCGAUCAUCCAGGAUUUGGGUGUUCCGUAUGAGAGCGCAGAGGCUUUCAUCAAGUGGACCGACGAGAAGACUGGAUUCUGGCCUCUAUGGCUCUGUCCAGUCAAGCCACCGCCACGAGAUGAGUGCAGUUUUUCAACGGCCAAUGUCGACUCUGAAAAGAUGCUGCUGGACAUCGGUAUCUGGGGCAUGGGCCCCAAGGACUCUCGAAAGUUCAUUGCGCUCAACCGAGAGUUCGAAGCGAAAGUAGCCGAGCUUGGGGGAAUCAAAUGUCUGUACGCGCACGCUUACUACACCGAGGACGAAUUCUGGCGGAUAUACAACGAGAAAGAAUACACAGGCCUGAGGCGAAAGUACCAUGCCGACUCGCUGCCCAGCAUAUUCGACAAAGUGAAGGUCGACCUGCAGGGCGUCGCGGGGCCAAAGAGUCUACAAAGACAGGAGACUUGGGGCCAGUGGACGAGUAGGAACUUUUGGGGAACAUGGCCACUCGGCGGCCUCUACGGCGUGGCUAGCGCGACCAAGGGGCUUCUUGUAGAAAGCGACUUUCUACUGAGGAAGUAG